CGGAUCAAUGAUUCCGGCAAACCAUAAAAUUACCGGCGUUUAUUUGCCGGCGCCAAUUUCAACUCGUUUGAAACAUUCCGGCGAUCUUGAUCGCCGGUCUCAUUUGAUCAGUCAGACCCACUAAACUGUAUUGAAAAUCUCUAACAAGGCAUUCAUUCAUUCAUUCAACCCAUUUUCUAUCUAUCCACGACUUUGUAUUAUUUAUAUCCGCAAUCCCCACUUGUUUCGUUCAAAUGCGCGUAAAACUCUGAAUCUGAAAACCCAUUUGCAUCGGGACAGGACAUUUGAAAAGGAUUUAGGGUCCGGGAGAGAAGGUGGUGGUGGUGGAGGAGGAGGAUAUAGGCACGCGGGCGGAGUUAUGGAUUCACCGCCGGGCUCGGAUAUUGUUCGGACCACGGCUCGAUCAUCCGUAAUUGAUUCUAUAAUGAGUUGCACGCUUGCCGCUCUUCGUAUUAAUAAAGAGGAUCUCAAGCGAAGAAUCACCAUUCCCACGUAUCUCCGUUAUGCUAUCAAUGAAGCCAUUGAUUUGAAAGACAUCUCCGCCGGUGAUCGUCAUGACCCAUAUUCUUAUGCCACCUCCUGCGAUCCCCAAAAUCCAUGCGAAUGCCCCCUUGUUGUCUUUAUUAAUUCCAAAAGCGGGGGCCGACAUGGUCCGGAAUUGAUAGAACGGCUACAGGAAUUGAUGGGCGAAGAACAGAUUUUUGAUCUUCAGUUUGUGAAACCUCAAGAUUUUGUGCAAUAUGGGUUGGGUUGCCUGGAGAAAUUGGCUGAUGAUGGGGAUUCCUGUGCUAAGGAGAUUCGUGAGAAGCUUAGAGUUGUGGUCGCCGGAGGUGAUGGUACAGUUGGAUGGAUUCUGGGUUGCCUGAGUGUUCUUUACCAAGAAAAGAGAGAGCCAGUUCCUCCAACAGCAAUUAUUCCUCUUGGUACAGGAAAUGAUUUAUCCAGGAGCUUUUGCUGGGGUGGUUCAUUUCCUUUUAACUGGAAAGCAUCUGUCAAAACAACCCUUAACAAAACAUGCUAUGGUUCACUUAGGCAUCUGGAUAGCUGGAAACUUUCUAUAUUAAUGCCUGCUGAAGACCUUGAGAAUCGACCUCACUCAUUGAAGUCCAUGGAGGAAUAUACCAUUUAUGAUGAAGCACUGGAUAUUGGAGAAUCGGGUGUUAAAAUGUCCCACUACGAAGGAGUGUUUUAUAAUUACUUCAGCAUAGGAAUGGAUGCCCAAGUAGCUUAUGGGUUCCAUCAAUUACGGAAUGGAAAGCCUUACCUUGCACAAGGUCCUAUAUCCAACAAGUUGAUCUAUUCUGGAUAUAGCUGUAAACAAGGUUGGUUCUUCACCCAAUGCAUGAAUGAUCCGAAUUUAAGGGGACUUAGGAACAUUUUACGGAUGUUCAUCAAGAAAGAUAGUUGCUCUGAGUGGAAACAUAUUAAAGUCCCUUCUAGUGUCAGGUCAAUAGUUGUCUUAAAUCUGAACAACUAUGCGAGUGGAAGAAACCCAUGGGGUAAUAUGAAGCCAGAGUACAUGGAGAAGAAAGGAUUUGUCGAGCCUAGUGUUGAAGAUGGUCUGCUAGAGAUCUUUGGACUGAAACAUGGAUGGCAUGCUUCCUUUGUUAUGUCAGAAGCAAUUUCUGCUAAACACCUUGCUCAGGCUGCAGAGGUACGAUUUGAGUUUAGAGGUGGAGAAUGGGAUGAAGCUUUCGUACAAAUGGAUGGAGAACCAUGGAAGCAGCCCCUGUGCGAAGAAUAUUCAACAUUUGUCGACAUUAAAAGGGUACCAUUUCAGUCACUUAUGGUCGACGGAUGCACAUAAUCAUUUUCAUUUAUUAUCAAUCACUCUAAUUUUUAUCCUAAUUCGUAUGUAUAUAUACAUGUCUCAUAUAUACACGGCCUCUAACUAAACUACUUGUAAGAUUGUUGUAUCAAGAAACUUGCCUCAAACAUAAAUGGAAUCAACUCUUUCACUA